UUUUUUUCUGCCUGUGAAACUUUUAGUCGGUCAUCAUAAGUAGGAUCUGCAUCGAGCUGACGUUCAUUUAACCCAGGUCCUGAAGCUGGAUAGUCUCUGGAUGCUCCUGAAACACUGCUCCAUUCACCUCAUUCCUUCUGCAUGCUGUCCAAGCAUGCUGCCUGUCAGGAUGCUGAGCAUUCUCAUCCUCCUCUUUUCACUGUGCAAUGCUGACAGCAUAUGCCCACCAGAGCACAACCCUCUUACUCUGAGUCCACGUCAGAUCAUAGCAGAAUAUGAAGGAAAUCCUGUCACUGUAAACUGCACCACAGCACUGGCUGAACAUAAAGGGCUGUACUUUACAGUUGGAAAUGAAACCUCUCGCAUCAUAGAAGAACAAAUGUCUAUCUCCCAGUCAGUGUCACUGUCAGAUUGGAAUGUGACGAUCAAGUGCAAAGUAAAACUAAAUGAGUCUCAUGAAUGCAGCAAGGACCUUCAAGUUAUUACAUUCAAGAAUCCAGAAGUUUUUCAUUCUGUACAGCUUGUGAAUGUGACGCGAAAAGAAACACAGUACAGACUGCAGUGUGACAUCAUCAAUGUUGCUCCUGUUCAGUAUGUCACUGUUAGCUGGUACAAAAACAGUGAAAAAAUCCAGACAGAAUCUUUCAAUGACACAACAACCAAAACUCCAGUAAAUAAGUCCUCUAUUCUGAGAGUCAACAUCAGCAGAGAAGAAAAUGUAGUGGAGUUCAGAUGUGAAGCUCAGCUGGACUUUGGACCACACAGACCAAAACUUCCUGCCAUUUCUCAAACACACAGAGUUUCAGCCCACUACGCUCCGGAGCUAAAGACACAAAAUAGUACUGAUGACACUUAUGCACUUGAGGGCACUGAUAUCAUCAUGAGCUGUGAAGCUGUUGGAAACCCUCUUCUUGUGUAUAACUGGAUUUGUGAUGGGAAAAACAUGUUGGAGAACACAACCAGUCUCAGUUUACCUCGAGUACAUGGCAAUAAAACCUGCGCAUGCACAGCUACCAAUUAUCUGGGAAACAUAACCAAGACAAUCCAUCUUCAUGUUGAACCAAGAGCAGGUUGCCCACCAACACUGACACCUUCUGAAAUGGUUGUGAGAUUUGGAGAUCCAGUUUUAAUCAACUGCAGCACAUCAGCCACAGAUGUUCAAGGAAUGGGCUGGGAGGCUCCAUUUGGAGGUACAGGAUUUGAGCGUCCUCCUGUUGUCACUUGGAGGGUUGACAAAGUGGAAGAGUGGACUCCAAAUCCUUUUUGCUAUGUUACUCUGGUUAAUGGAUCCCAGUGUACUGUGAAUCCACUCAUCACUGUUUAUAAAACUCCAGACUCUGUGUCAGUGUCUGACAUGGGUCAUGGUUCAAUGGUGGAGGGCAGAGAGUAUGAUCUGAAGUGUGAUGUCAUCAAUGUGGCUCCUGUUCAAAAUCUCACAGUGACGUGGUACAGAGGCAAUGAAACUGUGCUCACACAGAUGUUUAAUGACUCCACUAUGACUCCAGUAAACGCAUCUUCUACCCUGAGAAUCUCCACUCCAAGAGAUUACAAUGGAUUAACUUUUAGAUGUGAGGCUGAGCUGCACCUCGGACCCAAAGGACCAAAGUUCCCCCCUAAUGUAACCUCACCACCUUACACUGCUGUUGUUCUUUAUAAACCAUUCAUGGAAUCUUGUCCAGACCACGUCACUGUUGUUGAAAAUGCUGCCUUCAGCAUUGACAUGUUAUCCUGUCAGCCUGAUGGGAACCCUUUUCCCAUUGUUCAGUGGUUCUAUGAGGGGAAAAUCCUUAAUUCAUCUAAGCCACUGACCAGGACUGACUCAGGAAAGUACACGGCUAUAGUUGAAAACAGUCGUGGCAGAAGCAACACCUCAGUUCAUAUCACAGUGGAAUACAGUCCUUCUUUCACCUGCAAAGAGCACUAUGAGAUCACAGUGAAUGAUAAACAUCAAAGUAUCUGUGAACCAGUAGGAUUACCUACACCCACCCUCACCUGGUUUAAAGAUGGUAAACAGAUGGUUUCCCCACAGCGCUGGAAAAAGAACGAUAGUGGAAAAUACUUGCUUAAUGCACACAACACACAUGGAACAGCUGAACACACACUGUAUCUUGAAAUUUUGUAUUCUCCUGAGUUCAAGAAUGGAAAUGAAAGCAAGCAGGUGCUCCAGGGUGAAGAUGUUACUUUAAGUUGUAGUGCUGACAGUAACCCACCUUCAAACAUCAGAUGGGUUUACACACCUGCUGUGAAUUCAAAUGUGACCACUGAGGGGCACCAGAAGAUAAUCACUAUCACUAGAGCCACGUCUACCAAUGCUGGUUUUUACAUUUGUGUUGCAGAGAAUAAAGUUGGGAGAAAUACACGAUUCGUCACACUGAUGAUAAAAGGCAAUACCAGUAAAGUCCUCUUUCCAGCUAUUUGGGCUUUUCUCACUCUAUUGAUCAUCGGUCUUACCCUCCUCGUGGUCUAUUUUCACAACAGGCAGAAAAAACGUGGACAAUACAAUUUUGUUCCGGUGUGCCAAAUGUCUAAUAUAGCCAUUUGACUUUUGCACAAGCCAAUGGCAAUGCGUAGGAUCUUUGCUGCAUUCUGUUCUGUUUGUCAUUAAUACAUUAAUACAAUUUAGAUUUGUUAGUAUUUUACAGAUUAAUUACAUUAUUGAAUUUCAAGUUACAUAUUUAUAUAUGAGUCAUUGAUUCAUUAAAAGCUAGAAAAUGAAAAGCAUAUUUACACAUAAAUGAAUUAUGAUCCAUUUCUAAACUUCAUAGACCUGAAAACAGUAUAAAUGUGCAAAACAAUAAAAAGGUUACACUUGUGAUGCAAAAAUACUGUGUUAUCCAGUGCUAUGAAGCAGGAAACUGUUAACAGUAACCCAUGUUGUGUCCUCUAUUUGGAUUAAAAUCUGUUUUCAUGUAUUAUUUUUUAUUUCUUUUUCACUUUCCUCACAAGGCAGCUUCUUUUUAGUUGUUAAAUAUUAGAAUUUAAGUAUCUCGGGGUCUUGUUCACGAGUGACGGG